AUGAAGUUGCUCCUGUUGUGCGCGGUGCUGGCCGUUGUGACAACUGGCUUAACUGGGUCAAUUGUCAAGUCGCCUGCAGCCAGAUCCAGUGUAUACUACGGCUAUGUACAUACUGGUGAUCGACUACUAAAUAGAACAUACGUCCAAAAGCUGCCCAUACCGAACACAAUACAGAGCCAGGAUGUUGCGUAUCGCGGCAACGUGACCACCAGGAUAUCAGCGAUCCAGGUCGUUGAGAUUGGCUACACUCAGUACGCUACGCCUUGGCUACUGUCCGGUGCUCGAGAGCGCGUGGUUGUUACGAUGCAGUACGUCAAGGCGUUGUGUGUUCUACUGCUUUUGCUGGUAGACGCUGGUGGCAACCCGACUCGUGUUUUGGAAGGCGAGUUAGCGGUCUCACGUGAAGGUUGUGAUGGUUUGGAGACCAGCGGCGCCGUCACUGAGGCUUACUUCGAAGCGACGACCAAAGUGUUGAUGCUGCCCGCUUUCGAAGCUGGCGUCUGCGCCACUGGCAUGGCAAAGGUGAACAAGAAGUGUGUGCCGAUCGCGUUA